AUGCCCUCGCAACAACAGCACCACUCCCCAACCGAAUCCAUGGCCAACCCAGGCAUCAACUACUGGGUUCGCUCUACCUCGCCCACACAAGGCACACGGCGCCACGCCGCUGGUCGUGGCCUAUUCUCAGGGCUGCAAGACAUGAAACAUUACAAUGUUGACGGUGGAUGGGCAGGCAGACAUGUUGUUGAUGAGGAUGUGCAUGGACAUAAUAAUGCGUCGUUGCUGGGGUGGCUCAGUGGAUUCAUCUCAGGAAGCAAGUAG